AUGCAUGAGGAAAAUCCAAGUUCUGAUCCUCUUUUAUCCAAUUAUGGUAAUUCCAAAUUGGAAGAAAGUAGUAAAAGCAAUGAAUUAUCUAUUGAUAAUGAUUGUGAUGACAGUCGAUCAUCUCUAGUCUUAGAGGUAAUGGAGGAAAUCAAAGACUUGUACACCAUUGCUUUCCCAACAAUUAUCACCAGUCUUCUUCUUUAUGGCAAGUCAGCAAUAUCAAUGCAUUUCUUGGGCAAAUUAGGCAAAGAGGCAUUAGCUGGUGGAUGUCUAGCUAUUGGCAUGGCUAACAUCACUGGUUAUUCUAUCAUUUCUGGCCUUGCAGCGGGCAUGGAAGGUAUCUCUUCUCAAGCUUGUGGAGCACAACAAUGGGUGCUUAUUAGUGAAACUCUCCAAUGCACUAUCAUGCUUUUGAUAUUAACUUGUAUUCCUAUUUCAAUCUUAUGGCUUAAUUUUGAACCUAUCCUUCUCUUAUGUGGCCAAGACCCAACCAUAUCAUCUGUUGCUACUACCUAUCUUGCAUUCACUUUACCUGACCUCAUUUUGCAAUCCUUCAUUAACCCUCUCAAGAUUUACUUAAGAGCACAAAGUUUGACCCUCCCUCUCAUGUUUAGUGCUGCUUUGGCACUUGUUUUACAUGCUCUUAUUAAUUAUGUGAUCGUUCACACUUUUAGCCUAGGCAUUCAAGGUGUUGCCUUGGCUAGUGCCUUCACCGAUUUAAACCUUCUUAUUAUUAUUUUACUUUACCUUUGGUUCUCUGGAGCUUGUUCUAAAUCAUGGCAUGGUUGGUCGCAUCAAUGCUUCAAUCGAUGGAAGCCCAUUCUUCACCAAGCAAUCCCAAGUUGUGUUUCUAUUUGCUUAGAGUGGUGGUGGUAUGAAUUGUUAAUACUUCUUUCAGGGCUCCUAACUAAUGCAGCCGAUACAGUAGCCACCACUGGAAUAAUAAUUCAAGCCACUGCGCUUACCUAUAAUUUUCCUUUUGCACUAAGCUUGGCUGUUUCAACAAGAGUAGGCAAUGAGCUUGGAGCUAACAAGCCUAACAAGGCAAAGACAUCAUCAUUCACUGCACUACUAUGUGCCUUCUUCACAGGCAUCAUAUCUAUGACAUUUAUGGUAACUACAAGCAAUAUUUGGGGACGUAUGUUUACAGAUGAUGAAGCUAUUCUAUCUUUGUUGGCAAAAACAUUGCCUAUAGUGGGACUUUGUGAAGUUGGAAAUUGUCCUCAAACUACAAUAUGUGGGAUGCUAAGGGGGAGUGCUAGGCCUACUUUGGGUGCUAACAUAAACUUGGUCUCAUUUUAUAUUGUAGGUUUGCCUGUUGCUCUCUUGAUGGGCUUUGUGUUUGAUUUGGGCUUGUUGGGCCUCUUGUUGGGCUUAUUAGCAGCUCAAAUAGUGUGUGCUAUUGUGAUGGUGGUUGUGUUGGCAAGAACAGACUGGACAGAACAAGCAAAUCGAGCUAGAGAGUUAGUGGGUGAAAUAAAUGAGGACAAUGGGGAAAAUAAUGAAGGCAUAGAAGAAUCAGUCUCUAUUGUGUCGCUAAAUUAA